AUGUUGUCUACCAAGUCGCUCGCUUUCCUCGCCCUCAGUCUGGCAGUUUCUACCGUCGACGCCAGACCCCGCCGUAUCAGCGACGACGAACCCGAUGACACUCCUCUGCCUGUCGUCAUCUGGCACGGGCUCGGCGACACCUUCAACGGCGAGGGCCUCAAGCAAGUAGGCGAGCUCGCCGACGCCAUCCACCCGGGAACCUUUGUCUACACCGUCUCUCUCGGCGGCACCGACGCCAGCGCCGACCGCUCAGCCACCUUCUUCGGCAACGUGACCGCCCAGCUCGACGAGGUCUGCGAGGCCCUCGCCGCCCACCCCAUCCUCUCCACGGCGCCCGCCAUCGACGCCGUCGGCUUCUCCCAGGGCGGCCAGUUCCUGCGCGGCUACAUCGAGCGCUGCAACUUCCCCCCCGUCCGGAGCCUCGCCACGUUCGGCAGCCAGCACAACGGCAUCGUCGACUUCGCGGCCUGCGGCGCCUACGACUGGCUCUGCAAGGGCGCCAUGAGCCUGCUGCGCUACAACACCUUCAGCACCUUCGUCCAGUCGCGCCUCGUUCCCGCGCAGUACUUCCGCGACCCCAAGGACUACGCCGCCUACCUCGACGGGUCCAACUUCCUAGCCGACAUCAACAACGAGCGCGAGGUCAAGAAUAAGACUUAUGCUGAGAACCUGGCCCGGCUGUCCAACUUCGUCAUGUACCUCUUCGAGGACGACACCACCGUCAUCCCCCGCGAGACGUCGUGGUUCCAGGAGGUGAACGGCACCGAGGUCAUCGCCAUCAGGGACCGCCCGAUCUACAAGGAGGACUGGAUCGGGCUCAAGGCGCUGGACAAGAAGGGUGGUCUGCGGUUCCGCUCGAUCACCGGGGAUCACAUGCAGAUUCCUGAGUCGGUUCUCAACGAGACCUUUGCCAAUUUCUUCGGUCCUUAUGACAGGAAGUUUGACCCCGAGACUGGUGUUGAUGACGGGCGCUGGGGAGAACUAUAG